AUGACGCAAUGUCUCGUGCUUCCUGUUUUCGCUGGUUCAAAGAUUUUAAGGAAGGGAAGAGAGGACCCAGAGUUGCAGGGAGGAGAUGGUGCCCCAGUUACUGCUCUCACUGAGGAAAUCAUCAAUACAGCAGCGGCAAUGAUCAAAACCGACCGACGUCUGACCGUCAGACAGAUUGCUGAACUCCUUGACAUAUCGGUAGGUAGUGCUCUCACAAUUUUAAAAGACAAUCUUAACAUGUCUAGAGUGUGUGCUCGUUGGAUUCCUCGUUUACUCACACCUGAACAAAAACAAAACCGUGUCGAUGUUUGCCUUGAGUGGAAGCGGUUCGUUGAAGAAGAUAGGGAUUGGUGGAAAAGUGUAAUCACUGCUGAUGAGUCCUGGGUUUAUCAGUAUGACCCUGCAAUGAAAAUCCAAAGCACUGAGUGGGUAGAAAAAAAUGAAGGUCGCCCGAAGAAAGCUAGGGCAACCAAAUUUGCAAACAAAGCAAUGGUCAUUACUUUUUUUGACUAUAAAGGAAUGGUGUACACUCAUUCAGUUCCACGUGGACAGACAAUCAAUGGAGACUAUUGCAAAACAAGUUUUGGCUACAUUAAUGAAUGA